AUGCCUUUCGACACCAAGGACACCCAAGUCUAUCGUCGCAACGAGAAGGCUGGCGGGAAGCUUCUGACUCCAGAAGAGAGGAUAAAGCUUCUGGAGGUGAAGCCAUACCUCCCACCUACAAAGCAGGACCAGGAACGCGAAGAGCGAGCUCAAAGCCGGCGCAUUACGUUUGGAGUUAGGAACUUUCUCAAGACGCAACUUCACAUCCUGACCUUCACAAUCAUUCAUGCCAUAUUCUCCAUCUACAUCCAUACCCGCCAGGCCUACCAUGCCGUCCGCGAUCGCACAUACUCCAUAUUCUUCUACCAUCAUCGCGACCCUGCCAUGAUACACAGGGAUGUGAAACGACUGAGCAAAGUUCCCAAAGUUCUGAGUGUCGUCCUGAGGGUGGAGGAAGAUGGCAAAGGCGGCGCCGAGCUGGAGCGUCUGGUGAACGAGAUAGCGGAAGUUUCGGCGUGGUGCGCAAGCGCCGGGAUACCCGCCUUGAACGUCUACGAGAAGACAGGCCUUCUCAAACAAUACCUGCCUGAAACUCACCGAGCGAUUUCCCAGAACCUCCGAUCCUACUUCGGCAAGCAACAUCCCACGUUGACGGUCUGCGCACCCCACGCCCAGUCGAUAGAGUCCCCAUCCAGCCCACAGACUGCAGAUUUUGGGGAAGCAGUCAGUCACCUCACCAUGAGAUUGAUAUGCGCCGAGGAUGGCCGUGACUCUAUGGUAGAUCUUACGAAGACGCUGGCGGAGAUGGCCCAGAAGCAUAAGAUCUCUCCUGCCGACAUCGAACAGCGACUUCUCGACGUGGAACUAAGGGAGAGCGUCAUGGAGGAGUCCGACUUGUUGAUCAUCUUUGGGCCACACAUCGAGUUUCAGGGAUAUCCGCCCUGGCACCUGCAUCUCACCGAAAUCUACCACGUGCCUGACAACGAGAGCGUGGGGUACCAGUUGUAG